AUGGCACUAGCUCCUACUUCAAAAGUUGUUCUUGGUUCAAUAGCCUUUGCGAUCUUCUGGGUGCUAGCAGUUUUCCCUGCUGUGCCAUUCUUACCCAUUGGAAGAACUGCAGGGUCCCUGUUAGGUGCAAUGCUUAUGGUUAUAUUCAAAGUUCUUAGUCCAGAUCAAGCUUAUGGUGCAAUUGAUCUCCCAAUUCUUGGUCUUCUUUUUGGGACAAUGGUUGUUACUAUUUUUCUUGAAAGAGCAAACAUGUUUAAGUACUUGGGGAAAUUGCUCUCUUGGAAAAGUAGAGGACCAAAGGACUUACUUUGUAGAAUCUGUUUGAUUUCAGCUAUCUCAAGUGCUUUCUUCACAAAUGAUACGUCUUGCAUUGUGUUGACUGAAUUUGUGUUGAAAAUUGCAAGGCAGCAUAACCUCCCACCCUACCCUUUACUUCUUGCACUUGCUUCAAGUGCUAAUAUUGGAUCCUCAGCAACCCCUAUUGGGAACCCCCAAAAUCUGGUUAUAGCCAUUCAGGGUAAAAUAUCAUUUGGGAGGUUUCUGAUGGGUAUUCUUCCUGCUAUGCUUGUAGGAGUUGUUGUGAAUAUUGUUUUUCUUAUAGUGAUGUAUUGGAAGGUACUAUCUAGUCCUAAGGAUGAAGAGGAUCCAAUUUCAGAAGUUCUAGUAGAAGAGGAGGUUAUUUCCCAUCAGUUUUCUCCAGCUAGAAUGUCUCAUUUUACAACCUUGAAUUCUCAAGAAUGCAAUGGUAAUCUAGAAGUUGGUAAUAUUGUUCAAAACUCUUCUCAAGUUCAUGUUGUGAAAGACCAAUCAAUUUCGAGUGUAAGUGAAGUUCAGAUGAUUCAUAGUGGCAUAAAGGAUUGCACACCAAACUCAAAUGCAUCCAAGGAGGGGAUAAAUGAUACAAAGGAGGAAACCAUUCCUUCAAAAAAUGUUGCAGUAGUAGUAGAUAAAUCUAUUGGAGCACAUGCUAUGCACUCUUCAGAAGAAAAGGACUAUAUGAACAUAAAAUGGAAAAGGGUACUGUGGAAAUCUUGUGUUUAUGCAAUCACAUUGGUAAUGUUGAUUGCAAUGCUUAUUGGUUUGAAUAUGGCAUGGACUGCAAUAGCAGCCGCAAUAACAUUGGUGGUUCUUGAUUUCAAAGAUGCAGGGCCAAGCUUAGACAAGGUCUCAUAUUCACUUCUGAUAUUCUUCUGUGGAAUGUUUAUCACAGUAGAGGGCUUUAAGAAAACUGAAAUUCCAGGUUUCAUGUGGGAUGCAAUGGAGCCCUAUUCUCGCAUAGAUCAUGCUAGUGGAACAGCUAUACUUGCUAUAGUCAUACUUAUCCUAUCAAAUUUGGCAUCAAAUGUACCAACUGUUCUGUUGCUUGGAGCAAGAGUUGCAGCCUCAGCUGCUGCAAUUUCCAAAGGAGAUGAGGAGAAAUCAUGGCUAAUCUUAGCUUGGGUUAGCACCAUAGCAGGGAACUUUUCAUUGUUAGGAUCUGCUGCCAACUUGAUAGUGUGCGAACAAGCUCGUCGUGCACCAAACCUUGGAUACACAUUAACCUUUUGGACUCAUCUCAAAUUUGGACUUCCUUCUACUCUUAUAGUCACUGCUAUAGGGUUGACACUCAUAAAAUGA